CCUCUGUCCCCUCUGUCCCCUCUGUCCCCUCUGUCCCCGCCUCUGUCCCCGCCUGUCGCAGCCUCGCUCAAGUUCAAGGUUCAAACUCCACCGGGCCCUUCCUGGGGACACGCGGGGAAUGGAUGCCACACACGGAGGGGGACACGAGGGGACACUCGGGGACCGACAGGGACACUCGGGGACACUCGGGGACCGACACGGACACUCGGGGACACACGGGGACCGACAGGGACACUCGGGGACACUCGGGGACCGACAGGGACACUCGGGGACACUCGGGGACCGACAGGGACACUCGGGGACACACGGGGACCGACAGGGACACUCGGGGACACUCGGGGACCGACACGGACACUCGGGGACACUCGGGGACCGACAGGGACACUCGGGGACACACGGGGACCGACAGGGACACGAGGGGACACUCGGGGACCGACAGGGACACUCGGGGACACUCGGGGACUCUCGGGGACCCGGUGUCCCCUCAGCGUGUGGGGACAAUCCCCCGUCACCGACUGCACCGGGGGACACCGGCUCAGGCGUGUCCCUGGAGAGCCCCCCGGGCACAGAGCGCGGGCCCCGGGACCCCCCUGGGGACACGGAGCCCGACGGGGACAAAGUGUGCGCCGUGUGUGGGGACAAGGCCAGCGGGUACCACUUCCACGUGAUGAGCUGCGAGGGCUGCAAGGGCUUCUUCAGGCGCUCCGUCAUCAAAGGUGUCACCUUCACGUGUCCCCUGUCGCGACGCUGCCCUGUCACCAAGGCCAAGCGGCGACAGUGCCAGGCCUGCCGCAUGCAGAAGUGCCUGGCCGUGGGCAUGAGGAGGGACAUGAUCAUGUCGGAGGAGGCGCUGCGGCGGCGGCGGGAGCUGCGGGGACAGCGGGGACAGCCCGGGGGACAAUCCGGGGGACAGCCCGGGGGACAAUCCGGGGGACAAUCCGGGGGACAGCCCGGGGGACAGCCCGGGGGACAGCAGGGACUGACGGCCGAGCAGCAGGAGCUGAUCGCGCUCCUCAUCGCCGCCCACCAGCGAACCUUCGACUCCAGCUUCUCCCAGUUCGUGCACUGCUGGCCCUCGUGUUCCCAGCCCAGCGUGCGCCUGUUGGUGCCCAGCGCUCCGGACCCAGCUGUCACCGCGGGGCUGUCACCAGGUCCGGCUGUCACCGCGGGGCUGUCACCGUGUGAGGCACCGUGCCCGGCUGUCACCGCGGGGCUGUCACCGGCAGGUGAUCAAAUUCGCCAAGGAGAUCCCGGUGUUCAGGAGUUUGUCCCUGGACACCCAGAUCUCGCUGUUGAAAGGGGCCACGCUGGGGAUCUGCCAGAUCCGCUUCAACACCGUCUUCAACACCGACACCAAGGCCUGGGAGUGCGGCCAGCGCUGCUACACCAUCCGCGACGGGGCCAUGGACCACGGCGUCGCCCAGCGCGAGGUCAUCGACGCCUUCCAGGAGCAGCUGGCCCUGACCCUGCAGAGCUACAUCGAGCACCAGCACCCCCCCGAGGAGGGCAGGCUGCUGUACGCCAAGCUGCUGCUGCUGCUGACGGAGCUGCAGACGCUGAUGGUGGAGAACACCCGGCAGAUCCUGCACAUCCAGGAGCUGUCGGCCAUGACGCCGCUGCUCUCCGAGAUCAUCAGCUGAGCUCAGACACGCCCCCGAUGUCACCAAAUGUCACCCGAUGUCACCAAAUGUCACCCGAUGUCACAUCCGGGCCCCCCACCGGGCACAGAGUAAAGCUCCUUUAUUUAUCCGGGCUCUCUCCGGUGUGUGUGGCUGCGGGGGAAACUGAGGCACGGCUGCUGUGGUGCCGGGGACAAUCACCCCGGGGGCUGGCACUGGGGACUCUGGGGACCCCCAGCCCCCCCACAGCAGCAGCCACCUCCAUGGGCUGGCACUGGUGACACUGGGGACCCCCAGCCCCACUGGGGACAAUGGGGACCCCCAGCAGCUGGCACUGGGGACACUGGGGACCCCCAUCCCCAUGGCAUCAGCCACCUCCAUGGGGUGACACCGGUGACAAUGGGGAC